CAUUCAUUCAAUAAGUUUUUGUCAAACUGUUGAGUCGUUUAAGAUAUUUAAACAAUAGUCUCAUAAAAGGUUUUCUUAAUUACUAUUUAAACCAAAAAUGAAUUUCAUUCGUCUGUAUAUCUAUCCCGUAGUCAUCGCUAUUCUCAUACCUCUAUUGGUUUUAGUGCCUUACCUAAUAGCCAUACAUCAGGAACAUGUGGCCCCAUUCCUCCCAUACACCAUUGCGGUUCUGUCUUAUCUUCAAUACUUGCAAAUCAACACAAUCUACACAUUGAGUGAAACAGUGAUUCAAUUAAAGGCGUCCAUAAUGAAGAACAGAUCAAAGAUCAUUAAAUUCAACCGAUGGUCACUAUUUGUGGCCAUUUAUAUAGUACUGGCCUUAACUUCGGUGGUCAGCUUCCGGUCUAAUGAGUUCCCAAUCAUUCACCCAAUUAUUGUCAUCACUCUAUUCAUUGCGAUUCUGGUGUUCAUUGCGCUUAAGAGUUGGCUUUCAUUAAGACUUUCGCCACAAAUUAACACUAAACUGGUAGCCAAGGCUCGCGUUAUAAUCUCGGUCAUAAUGCUGAUAUCAUUCAUAAUAUCACUGGUGUGUGGCAUCUGGGCAUUCGCAGUGACCAAGAAUACCAAAGUGAAGCAAAGACUCAACUGGGACUCCAAAGAUGAUGGAUAUAUACCGCAUGUGAUCAGUGCUAUCACACAAUGGCUUUUCCUCAUACUUUUGUCGCCGUUUUUCGCCACAUAUUUCAAGGAAAUGAAAGCCAUGACAAUACAUAACGGAGUG